AGGCGAGAUCUCGCAACGUGCCAAUGAGUCGUGGCGAUGAAUGCAUUCCCUCUACGAUGUGCGCACAAGUGCUCGUCGGCCACGGCGGCGCUGACAAACUGGUUUUCCACGACGACUGGCCAACACCUCGACCGAAAUCAGAUGAAGUGCUCAUCAAGGUCGGCGCAUGUGGGCUGAACCCGACUGACAUCAACACGCGGACGGCGUGGUACUCCAAGAAGGUCAAGGAGGGGCUGACCACCGAUGGCGGCAGAGGCGGUUUCGGUGCCGCGGAUGCACAAGACGCCAGCUGGAGGGGCCUGUCCAUCAAUUUCCCGCGAAUACAGGUCAGCACACACGAACACGGGGUGGCGCACGUGCAACAGCAGCAUGCAGUGAAUGGAUGUGUCUUCAGGGAGCAGAUGUCGUCGGCCGUGUCGUCGCCGUCGGCUCGUCCGUGCCGCCAUCCCGCCUCAACGAGCGCGUGUUGGUCGACCCAUGGAUCAAGACGCAUCCAGAGGACCCUACGCAAUGUGAGUAUCUCGGAUCUGAGUGCGAUGGCGGAGCUUGUGAGUACACCGCUGUGCCAUCGACACACGCACUCGCCAUCGACAGUGACCUGACUGAUAGCGAGCUGGCGACUUUCCCCUGCACUCUUCAUACGGCGGAGACGCUCGCGCUGCGGCUGGAUGUGCAGCCUGGCGAGACCGUGGUCAUCUCGGGCGCCUCAGGUAGGUCAGCCAGUGCACAGACAUACGCUACUCGAACCACUGUUACAUGGUGCGCUGGUUUGCGUCUGUUCUGCUAUGCAGGGGGUGUCGGCAGUGCGGCCGUCCAGCUCUGCCAUGUGCGCGGCGCCCGCGUGAUCGCCAUCGCCUCAAAGAGCAAGCACGACUUGGUCAGGUCCCUGGGAGCAGCUGCCGUGGUCGACCGCAACCAGCCACAGCUGGCGGCUGCCAUCCUCAAAGCCGCCUCCAAUCAGCCGAUCGAUGCCGCAAUCGACGUCGUCGGUGGGACACUUUUCCCCCACCUGCUCGAGGUGCUGCGCAGGGGCGGCCGAUACGCAGCCAGCGGUGCCAUUGCUGGUCCGAUCUGUGAGAUGGACCUGCGGUCGCUAUACCUCAAGGUGACUGGGGGGAAGGGGCUAACAUGACUGGGGGGUGAAGAUGGACUGAUUGCGAGUGCAUCUUUUUUUUCCUGCAGGAUUUGCGCUUGCUGGGCGCGACGGUCACUCCUGUGGGGACGAUGAGGCGGCUGGUGAAGCUGAUAGAGGAGAGGAGGGUGCGGCCUGUGCUUGCCAAGACAUUCCCUUUGCGGCAGCUGCGUGAAGCCCAGGAGAUGCUGAUGGAGAAGAAGCAUGUCGGCAACAUUGUGGUGACCAUGGAGGAGGAGGAGUGAGUGAGAGUGACCAAGGGGCGCCUCUUUUUGCGCCGGGGCGUUCUUGGCCCUUGCCUGUUGCAUGCGUGUAAGCUGCAGAGUAACUGUCCUCUGCCUUUUUUUCACCUGAGUGCGCUAUGUGGCCAUGAGUGGAUAGCCUGCUCGCUAUUUGGGUCGUCGCGACUUCGUGUCAGCUGGUGUCGAGCCUGACAUGAGACCGUGACGACUGGUGGGUGAGCAGACGAACACUGUUGGUUCAACGGGAACUGCAUCGAGAUCGAUUGGGACAUUUAUCGGUGUGUUGCAUGAUCCACGCAUGAAGGGUGAAGGUGUCUCAUGAGGGUGUCUGUAUAUCUUGGAGCCAUCAAGAUACUGCGG